UUGUCUGCAGAAAAGACCGUGUGUUAGGUUGCCGGCGAAAAAUUCGUUUGUUCACUAUUAAUUGUACCACUUAUGUAAAAAUAAAAUAUAAAGAACUCCAGGACCAAAACACUACAAAGAUGACUGCGGAGACGCAAUCUAAGGCUAAACUGCCUCACCUUUCGUCUGAUAAGCAACUUACUUUUAUUAAACUGGCUGUUUUGUCAAUGGCAGCGAUUUUAUCAUUUGCCACACGUCUGUUCUCUGUCCUACGGUUUGAAAGUGUUAUCCACGAGUUUGAUCCUUACUUCAACUACAGAACUACCAGGUAUCUCACCGAGGAAGGUUUUUACAAGUUUCACAACUGGUUUGAUGAUAGGGCAUGGUAUCCCUUAGGCCGGAUCAUUGGUGGCACCAUCUACCCUGGUUUGAUGGUCACUUCCACAACCCUCUACAACAUUAUGCAGUAUAUGAACAUCACCAUUGAUAUUCGCAAUGUGUGUGUGUUCCUUGCGCCAUUUUUCUCUUCUCUCACAACCAUUGUCACAUACCUUUUGACUAAAGAACUAAAGGAUGAAGGUGCGGGGCUGGUGGCUGCAGCCAUGAUUGCCAUCGUGCCCGGCUACAUCAGCCGCUCUGUGGCUGGAAGCUAUGACAAUGAAGGCAUAGCUAUAUUCUGCAUGUUACUUACUUACUACUUCUGGAUCAAGGCUGUCAACACUGGAACUUUGCUGUGGGCCACUAUGACUGCAUUAGCAUACUUUUACAUGGUAUCGUCUUGGGGCGGCUACGUGUUCCUGAUCAACCUGAUCCCGCUGCACGUGCUGGCGCUGAUGGCGCUGGGCCGGUUCUCGGCGCGCGUGUACGUGGCCUACAGCGCGCUCUACUGCGUCGGCACCAUCCUCUCCAUGCAGAUCUCCUUCGUCGGCUUCCAGCCUGUGCAGAGCUCCGAGCAUAUGCUGGCGCUGGGCACGUUCGGCCUGUGCCAGCUGUACGCGUUCGCGCAGUACCUGCGCGCGCGCCUGUCGCCCGCCAACUUCGAGCUGCUCUUCAAGGCGCUGCUGACCACGCUGCUCGCCACGCUCGGCACCGCCGUCGUCGCGCUCACCAUCACCGGUAAAAUCUCGCCCUGGACUGGCAGAUUCUACUCGUUACUGGAUCCUUCUUACGCCAAGAACCAUAUUCCAAUUAUCGCGUCGGUGUCGGAGCACCAGCCGACGUCGUGGUCGUCGUUCUACUUCGACCUGCAGGUGCUGGUGUUCCUGUUCCCCGCCGGCCUCUACUUCUGCUUCGCCAAGCUCACCGACGCCAACAUCUUCAUCAUCCUCUAUGGAGUUCUCAGUAUAUAUUUUGCUGGCGUGAUGGUCCGGCUGAUGCUGGUGCUGGCGCCGGUGAUGUGCAUCGUGUCGGGCGUGGCGGCCUCCAGCCUGCUCAGCCUGCACGUCAAGGACAUAGAGCCCAAAGUUGAAAAGCACGACAAGAAAAAGAAGCACGAAAAUAAUCUGGUGUUCCGGUCCGAGGUGGGCGCGCUGUUCGUGUGCGUGCUGGGCUGCCUGCUGGUGUCGUACGUGUUCCACUGCACGUGGGUCACGUCGGAGGCGUACUCGUCGCCGUCCAUCGUGCUGUCGGCGCGCGCGCACGACGGCGCCCGCAUCAUCUUCGACGACUUCCGCGAAGCCUACACCUGGCUCAAGAUGAACACGCCCGAGGACGCUAAAGUGAUGUCGUGGUGGGACUACGGCUACCAGAUAACAGCGAUGGCGAACCGGACGGUGAUAGUGGACAACAACACGUGGAACAACACGCAUAUCUCGCGCGUGGGGCAGGCCAUGGCGUCGGGCGAGGAGCGCGCCUACGAGAUCAUGCGCGAGCUCGACGUCGACUACGUGCUCGUCAUAUUCGGCGGCCUCGUCGGAUACUCUUCUGAUGAUAUCAACAAGUUCCUGUGGAUGGUGCGCAUCGGCGGCAGCACGGACCGCGGCGCGCACAUCCGCGAGGCCGACUACUACACGAGCGCGGGCGAGUUCCGCGUCGACGCCGACGGCUCGCACACGCUGCUCAACUGCCUUAUGUACAAGAUGAGCUACUACAAGUUCGGCCUCGUCUACACCGAGGGCGGGCGGCCGCCCGGGUUCGACCGCGUGCGCGGCGCCGAGAUCGGCAACAAGGACUUCAACCUCGACGUGCUGGAGGAGGCCUACACCACCGAGCACUGGCUCGUGCGCAUCUACAAGGUCAAGCCGCUGCCCAACCGCGGCGUCUAAACUCCCAUCUCCAUUUUUCUGAAGCUCAUUGUACAAACAAAUGUCAUUUAUUUGCACAUGGAAUAGAGCUGAAUUUCUUUUGUCCUAAAAUUUAACAAACCAAAACAAAUGCAACUUUGUUCCUUUUGUGAACUCGUUUUAAAUUAUUGUUAUAAAUUUUGUACAUUUUUUGCACAUGGGCUCAGGAAAAAUAUUUGUUUCCAUUCUGUAAUUUCGCUCGUACUUAGGCCGUAUACAAACCAUCUGUUAAUCGUUUAAUCAUCAUGCUCCAUUGAAAACCGUUUUCUACAGAAGGCAUCCGACAGCAUAAAUACAGUAGAACUUAACUAUGGUAGUCACUAAUUUAGUCUACUGAGAUUUUAUAUGACGAAUAUGUAUUGCUUUUAAUACUUUUGAGUUUUCGCUAUACGAGUAAACUUAAUAAAGUGAACAGAAACCAAUGCCUGCCUAUCCAGUACAGUCGCCAUCAAGAUAUGUGCGUGUAUAUUUUUGAGCACCCCGUCCGAAGCACAGCAAUCUGCAUAUAAUUAUUGUAAUAAGCUUGUACCCAGAUAUUAAUCACUUUAAUACAUAUGAUGGCAACUGUACAUUCUGGUCAGUCGUUGAAAUUAGUCAUACUAUUCUGACUCAGUUAUAUAGGCAAAAAGGCCAUAACUGAACUCUUAUAAUAUAAUUUUAUUCUGUCUAUCCAUAAUUUUAUUCAGCAACUCGCUUGAAUGUGAAUGUAGUUGUAUAUUGCGAGCUGCUACAAUGUUUUGUAGGAUUAGGACGUGCCCUGCUGCCGCAUGGCAGGCGCAUCUUUCUAUAGCUCUUCUACGUCAACAAAAAAAUAUGUUGAGAUACGGUUGUACCGUUUAUGAGUAACCUAUGAGAACCUGCGCUUUAUUAAUGAAAGGAAUCAAGUGCCGUGAAAAUACGCUCUUUACCAGUAGGUCGGCUAUCGGUAUGCUCGGAACCCUUCAUUGUUCGUGGGCCGACCCGUACUCGCGGUCGGAUUUUUUAUUGUACUUUUUCAUAAGAGGAAUAGUGUAGUUAAUAACUCGAUAACUAUAUGUGUAUGUAAUACGACUGAAUGAAUUGUUAGAUAUAUAUACGAGUAAGUAUAGCAUAACAUAUCCGCGUCCCAACAUCAACUCAUGAGUGUUACGAGGAAUUCUUUUCUACUAGGGAUAUGUUUAUAAUGUUGGAUAGAUGUUUGCAAAACCACAUAACUGAGUAUUUUGGUUGAUAUUGCAUUUAUAACUAACAGCUGUUAGGCGAGUUCAUAAUAACUGUAUUUUCAUGAAUCUAGUUUAUUUAUUAACCUAUUUUAUGGCAAAUAAAAAAAUAACAAUUUAUAUCCUACGUCUAAUAAACGUACAAGAUCAUAUUUCACAAUGGAGAAAACAACGAUAAAGAGGAUAUUAAAUAAAUUUUGUUAAGUAUAUAUUUUAAUUCUAUACGUGUAUAUUUGUUAGAAUCGCAUAUUUUCAAUGAAUGUGUGGACAGAUGUAUCGUUAGCGCUUGUAGGAACAUGAGCACCACUGCACUGGGAUUCGGACAGUCUUGAAAACAUUUUGGCUAAGCUAGUUUGACGUAAAACUUGUUUUUAAUCACGUCAUUGCUUAAAAUCUGUAGCAAAUGCUAGUAAGUAGCAAAGAGAAUUUAGACUAGAUAAUGACGUUCUAAGUGUUAAUCAUUUGUGUCGAAAGAUGGCAGUAAAUGUACUGACUACAUAAUUUACUUUGACAAUAUUUUUUAGUGUAAAUUCUCUUUGUAAGUAGUAACAUAAUCAUACUUUCUAGUGCUUUUAAAAUAAAUAUUCCAUGAAAUUGUUGAAGUAAAUAAUAAUUUACUAGUUAAAUUUAUUUCUCAAUUUUAGUAUAUUAUUUAACCAUAUCGAAGACAGCACAAAAUACUAAGUGAUUAUGUAACAUCAUUGUGAUAAGUAUUAUCGUUGUAAGUGUAUUACUUUUUUGAUUUCAGAACCAGCUUGAACCUUAAUAAAAUUUUACAUUAGCACUUAGCAGCAAACACAAUUGAACACACACGCUGACCGAUGUCAUGUCAAUACAAUUUUGCGAGAUUUGCCAUUUUUUAGAUUAAUUAUAAAUAUUAUGGAGAUGACCCCUGUCACCCUACCCAUCGAGUUUGAAAAUUAUAGUUUCAAUUACUGUUUCAAAUGUCAAAAAUUGUCGCAAACGAAAGUCCUGGGGCCCGUUUCUCAAAAGCUUGUAACUUGUAAUACAAGUGGAAGUCCCUUUCUAACUAAAAGCUGUCAAAAAGUGACAUCCGCUUGUAUUACAAGUUACAAGCUUUUGAGAAACGGGCCCCUGCUCUACAGCUAGAGUAGCUUUGCUCACUACAGACAUUGAAACAAGCAGCUUCCGACGCCCUUAGCAUUGUGUUUGCUAUAAUUUAUCCAAUUUAUUGUGAAGUAUUGUGCUUUCAGCUUUGUACUGUGCCGCUUUUCGUGCAAUAUGUUUUUUACUUGCAGUAAACAUGACUUCUUAAUUCUUUAAAUCAUAUAUGUAUGUAUUCGGUAUUUUAUAUAUAGAACCGUCAGUUUAUAUUAUGUUAGUCAGGUAUAUUUUAGGACCAUGUAUGUCCCCCAAUGUCAAACCGACGUUACGGAUUACCAUAUGAUUUAUGGAAGUUGUAAAAUUUUAUUUUUUAUUUUUAUGCAAAAUAAAACAUUAAAAAGAA